GAGACUGAUGGUUGGGGGUUCGGCAGCAUGGGCAUCGUCAAAGAAGGAGGACAUGACUGACGUCCAGACCGUCGAAAUGCUACGAAAGGGUAUGUCACCCUUCCAAUGUCGCCUUGACUUUCACUGACCAGCAAUAUCGUUUUCAUUGCCAGAAAUUGGAGAUCCAUUUCUUGUCUCAGGUUCGUUGGUUGUUUUGCUCGUAAGUUUGAAACCGAAAAUUCGAACAGCACUCGUCUCAGACAUGACCGAGUCAGACCGACAAGGGUCCCCUGGCCAUAUUAAAUAGUAUAAAGGAAGGCUGUCACCCUGGACAGACCUUAAGCGACGGACAAGAUGGUGUCCUUUCGUUGGUUCACCCGACUGCUCCCUACCAUCCUUUCCUCCACCACAGUGCUGUCCGACGAUGAUAUGUUCAUCUUCUUUCAACCGCCUCAGCCGGGCAGGCUCAUCACGACGAUCCUUCUCAAUAAUACCAUGCCCCCUUUGGAUUCCCUUUGGGAAGGACUCGGAAAUAUCCAUGUCGAAAAGGUCGAAUACCGUAAAUCCUACUCACCUGGUAAUCCUCUGGGGCAUGAGUACCUGGUGGUGACCGUGAAGGAAUCUAUAGGUGCUAGGCGGAGCGGGCACCUCUUGGUAGACUGGAUCGGCAGGGGCAGGCCCAGGGCCAAGACCACCACUGACACCAACACAACACUGUCGACACCACCUUCAUCGAAUGACAGCUCUGAUACAGCCGAGGACGACGCACAGGCCACCCCUCCCACCUCUGCUCCUGCGACUCGUGCGACUCGUGCUACUCCUGCUAACCAGUGGGAAACCAUUAACCGCUUUCACCACGCCAUUGCCAGGAUCAAGAAUUUCAGAAAACGGAUCGAGAAUUUUAGUAAAUGGGAUCCUGUCGAUGUCUUUGACAAACUCAUCAUCUUGAACACCAUUGAUGAGGCCUUUGACGUCCAGGGACGGUAUCCCUAUGAUGUUCUGAUGACCAUGGAUCUCAGCCUAGGACAGCGACCCAUCACCUUGGAGCAUUUCCUCCUCCUCUCUAAGACCACCACGAAGGACACCAUUGCUUCCCCCUUCAUCUAUGCGCAAUGUUCUUGGUUUGCUCAUACCAUCCGGACUGUUCUCCAGUUGGAGACAGGUGCACCUAUACAGAAUGUAACCAAUCUUAGGCACCGGGGUAUGAUGGCGAUGGGUAGGCAAGCUCCUGUGAGAGGCGAUGAUAAGUUGAAGACACCAGAGACUGUGAAGGUAGAAUGGGAACAGGCAAAGGUUGUCGCUGACAAGGAAUGGGAAGCAUUGCGACAGGCAUUCCUUGCUUCAGAGAGGCCGCCGACCAAGAACGUGCAGCUCGCUGAAAAACACUGAGCUUCGAGCGAUGUUGGCAAGGCAACAGCACCCUAGUGGUAAUGCGUAAAGGCACUAUUUCUCUCUCAGUCGUCGCGCGCGUCAUCUUGUAAUGCUACCUCGUC